GGCUAGAAGGCAUCCCCAGAGAAGACAGUGGAAGCUGAGGGCCCUGUGCAGGACUGAGCAGAUAUCAGCUUGUGAUGGAGCCCUCGCCUCUUGAGCUCCCGGCUGACGCAGUACAGCGCAUCGCAGCUGAACUUCGAUGCCACCCGACAGAUGAGAGAGUAGCUCUCCGCUUGGAUGAGGAAGAUAAGCUGAAGCAUUUUAGGGACUGUUUUUAUAUCCCCAAAAUGCGGGAUCUGCCUUCAAUUGAUCCAUCUUUAGUGAAUAAGGAUGAAAAUGCCAUCUAUUUAUUGGGAAAUUCUCUUGGCCUUCAACCAAAAAUGGUUAAAACAUACCUGGAAGAAGAGUUAGAUAAGUGGGCCAAAAUGGGAGCUUAUGGUCAUGAUUUCGGAAAACGUCCUUGGAUUACAGGGGAUGAGACUAUUGUAGGCCUUAUGAAGGACAUUGUGGGAGCCCACGAGAAAGAAAUAGUUCUAAUGAAUGCUUUGACUGUUAAUUUACAUCUCCUACUGUUAUCAUUCUUUAAACCCACACCAAAGCGGCACAAGAUUCUUCUAGAAGCCAAAGCCUUCCCUUCUGAUCAUUAUGCUAUUGAGUCACAGAUUCAACUGCAUGGACUUGAUGUCGAGAAAAGCAUGAGGAUGAUAAUGCCAAGAGAGGGGGAAGAGACCUUAAGGAUGGAGGACAUACUGCAAGUAAUUGAGGAGGAAGGAGACUCCAUUGCAGUGAUCCUGUUCAGUGGUGUGCAGUUCUACACUGGACAGCUUUUCAACAUGCCUGCCAUUACAAAAGCUGGACAAGCAAAGGGCUGUUUUGUUGGCUUCGAUCUAGCACAUGCAGUUGGAAAUGUUGAACUCCACUUACAUGACUGGGGUGUUGACUUUGCCUGCUGGUGUUCUUACAAGUAUUUAAAUUCAGGAGCUGGAGGUCUGGCUGGUGCCUUUGUCCAUGAGAAACAUGCUCAUACGAUCAAGCCUGCGUUAGUGGGAUGGUUUGGCCAUGAACGCAGUACAAGAUUUAAGAUGGAUAACAAGCUGCAGUUAAUCCCUGGGGCCAGUGGAUUCCGAAUUUCGAACCCUCCCAUUUUGUUGGUCUGUCCCUUGCAUGCUAGUUUAGAGCUCUUCCAGCAGGCAACUAUGACAGCCCUGAGGAGAAAAUCCAUUCUGCUGACAGGCUAUCUGGAAUACAUGCUCAAACAGUACCGCAGCAAAGGGAACACAGGAAACAAGGGGCCACUUGUGAACAUCAUCACCCCACCCAGAGCAGAGGAACGUGGCUGCCAGUUAACACUGACCUUUUCCAUUUCCAAGAAAGGCGUUUUUAAGGAACUGGAAAAAAGAGGAGUCGUUUGUGACAAACGAGAACCAGAUGGCAUCCGUGUGGCCCCUGUUCCUCUCUACAAUUCUUUCCACGAUGUUUAUAAGUUUGUCAGACUGCUCGCUGCCAUACUUAACUCUGCAAAAACUAUCCAUGUUAUCUAGAAUAACUCAAGCAAAUCUCACUUCACUACUCUUGAAUUGUAGUCAUUAAUAAUUAUCAGGAAAUUGGUUGUAUAGAACUGGUAAUAAUUAUAUAAACUUAAAAAAAACUUGACAAAUGCAUUAAUGACUGUGUUGCUGGGGAAUGUAGAGUCUCUAAGGCUCGGGAAUCAGUCAUUCCGUGGCUCCAACCUGUAGGCCACUGUCUUGAUCAGCUGUGUAUUCCCUGGUCACUGAAAGGUUUUCUGUUUAAUCUGUGAUUAAACUGACAACUUUAUAAUCUAUGUGGACGUCUUGUAUCAGCAUAGGAAAUGUCUCUUCAAUUCUGAUGUAAAAACAAGUUUUUCUUUUAAAACAUG